AUGAACAACUGCGAUGAUGUUGACAUAACAAACUGGGACAUUUGGUACAGAGUAUCUGGAGAUGCAGGAAACGCCUUAGCGUCCAAAACAUCUCCUCCUCGAGACUCAUGUGGUACAGAAACGCGAUUGUACCUUGUAGAUGAUCAUCCUGCUUAUGGUGACGGUGAGGUGACUCAAAAGGUUUGCGCAUCUAAAUCGCCGAAAAACGCCUGUAAUAAUAACAUGAAUAUUAAAGUAAUCAACUGUGGUGCAUUCUACUUGUACAAGCUCGGCACCUUAGGACAAUGCAUAGCAGCUACAUGGGCUUACUGCACUAACGGCCAGGAUCCUUUAGAUUCAUGCACGCCUAAUCCUUGUCAGAAUGGUGGAACGUGCAGCAGUAGCUCUGGAGGUGUUACCUGCAGUUGUGCUUCAGGGUACACUGGUGAUAACUGUAGCAUAACAAGUUCAAGUAAGCUACAAGCACCAGCAUCUCAAGAGAAAUCUUCACAAACAUCUGUGGAAUAUUCGUCGCAAUUAUUUCAACAGCAUUCGGUAGUGACAACAACACAGGCGCAGCAGCAGCAGUUUAUGGAAUUGUCAACACAGAUACAAAGCGCAACACAACAAAUUUCAUUACCGUAUUUGAAAACAUUGCAAACGACGCAUCCACAACAACAGCAAUCAGUGGGGACGUCUUCACACACUCCAGUGCCACCUCAACCAUCUUAUCAACCAUCUGGCUCAUACCCCUUUGCGCCACUAGCGACUCUGCAACCAUCACCAACGACAUCAAAAGAAGAACUGAAAUUCUCUAGUCCAUCACAACCACAACAGCAACAAAAUCAAUCCAAUUAUCCAUAUUCACAAGCAACAAAACCUUCUUCAGUGUCACACGUGACGCUUGUGAUGAAUGGGUCGAGCAUCAGUCCAGGUAUAGAAGACAUAGAGUAUCUUUAUUAUCUUUGCUGCACGCCAGCUCAGGAUUGAGGAUAACUGUAGAACAUAAAAUGCACAAGUGGAGCGGAAAAUGCACUGAGAAGUCUUACUAUAGCUAAAUAUAAAGUUGGCUUGUACUGAUGAUACUAAGGGCCAAAAUACGGUUAAUGAGGGAAGCGUGACCUCCCUAAUUCGUCCCCCUGUUCUUCGAUUUUGUUUUACGCAUUCAAGAAAGAUAUGUAUUGUCACAGUUAGAGCAUUGAUUUCUAUGAUAUUACGGCGUCAACUGUUCGCAAUCUUAUCUGUAUUAUUUAUGUUUGCAAUUUCUACCUCCCUCCUUUUUUUCAGUUCACGGCAACUGGAGUAGCUGGUCUCUAUGGCCUAACUGUAACAAGCCGUGUAACGGUGGAAACAAGACAAGAAAGCGACAGUGUGAUAAUCCUGAACCAGCUUUUGGAGGGAAAAACUGCGAAGGUCCGAUAACUGAAUAUGAGCCCUGUAAUUUGGACAGCUGUCCAGGUAUGCAUUUCGUCGAUGAAGUUGAAUAUGAUUUUAUAUGAAGGCCAAGGUUUAAGCUGCAUGAAUGCUCUUAGCCUAUGUGAAAGAGACA